GGGCAGGUGGUGAUCACUUGUGUGUGUUAUUGCAGCUUCGGACAGCACCGAGAGCUCUGGGGGAAGGCUGCCGACCAAAACUGGACUCAGCAAAUUCGCCAAGUUGGCGCGCUCUGUGACGCGGAGCAGGUCGGUGUUGGUGACGCAGUUCUCCUCCCACCUGCCCGUCAUGAAGGACGUGGCCAAGCAGUCCAACAUCACCCAUAUGAUGAGUCUCAACAGUGACGUGAUGCCCCAGUACCGCCAGGAAGCUCCCAAGACGCCGCCUCACAUCCUCCUCCACUACUGUGCCUUCAAGGCUAUCUGGGACUGGGUCAUCCUCUGCCUCACCUUCUACACCGCGAUCAUGGUUCCCUACAACGUGGCCUUCAAGUACAAGACAUCGGAAGACGUGUCGCUGCUGGUGGUGGACUCCAUAGUCGACGUUAUAUUCUUUAUAGACAUAGUGCUCAACUUUCACACCACCUUCGUGGGCCCCGGCGGGGAGGUGGUGUCGGAUCCUAAGAUCAUUCGAAUGAACUAUUUGAAAUCCUGGUUUCUGAUAGACCUGUUAUCGUGCCUGCCAUAUGAUGUUUUCAACGCGUUUGACCACGAUGAAGAUGGCAUCGGGUCGUUAUUCUCGGCGUUAAAGGUGGUUCGACUGUUGCGCCUGGGACGAGUAGUUAGGAAGCUGGACCGUUACUUGGAGUACGGAGCCGCCAUGUUGAUACUCCUCCUCUGCUUCUAUAUGUUGGUGGCGCACUGGCUUGCCUGCAUCUGGUACAGCAUAGGUAAGAGCGACGCGGACAACGGGAUCCAGUACUCUUGGUUGUGGAAGCUGGCCAAUGUCACGCAGUCCCCCUACGCCUACAUCGUCUCCAACGGCUCCAACACGCUGGAGCUCAUCAACGGACCCAGCAAGAAGACUAUGUACGUAACAUCUCUCUACUUCACCAUGACGUGCAUGACCUCCGUCGGGUUUGGCAACGUCGCGGCGGAGACGGACAAUGAGAAGAUCUUCACUAUCUGCAUGAUGAUUAUUGCAGCGCUCCUCUACGCCACCAUCUUCGGCCACGUCACCACCAUCAUCCAGCAGAUGACCUCGGCUACCGCCAAGUACCACGAGAUGCUGAACAACGUGAGGGAGUUUAUGAAGCUCCACGAGGUGCCGAAGGCGCUGUCAGAGCGGGUGAUGGAUUAUGUCGUCUCCACCUGGGCCAUGACGAAGGGCAUUGACACCAACAAGGUAGAAAAUGAGGUCCUCAACUACUGCCCCAAGGACAUGAAGGCCGACAUCUGCGUCCACUUAAACCGCAAGGUCUUCAACGAGCACCCAGCCUUCCGGUUGGCCUCCGACGGCUGUCUUAGAGCCCUGGCGAUGCACUUCACAAUGAGUCACUCCGCUCCAGGGGACCUGCUGUUUCACACGGGGGAGUCGUUGGACACGCUGUGUUUCAUAGUGACGGGGUCGUUGGAGGUCAUCCAGGACGACGAGGUGGUGGCCAUCCUGGGCAAGUGUGACGUCUUCGGCGACACCUUCUGGAAGGAUCCCACCGUCGGCCAGAGCGCCGCCAACGUGCGCGCCCUCACCUACUGCGACCUGCACGCCAUCAAGCGGGAAAAGCUGCUGGAGGUCCUCGACUUCUACCACGCCUUCGCCAACUCCUUCGCCAGGAACCUCGUCCUCACCUAUAACCUCAGACACAGACUCAUCUUCCGGAAAGUGAGCGACGUCCGGCGGGAGAAGGAGCUGGCCGAGAGGCGCAAGCACGAGCCCCAGCAGGAGCUGAGCCAUGACCACCUCGUGAGGAAGAUCUUCUCCAGGUUCCGGAGAGACAAGGCUGGUGGCGGCUCGGGCACGCCCAACAGCGCCUCCUCUGACUUGGUGGGCGUGAGUGGACGUGAUGUGGAGCGGGGCUCUGGGGAACGCUCCGAUUCUGAGCUGGUGGGCACCACUGAUGCCCUCAAGGUGGUGAAGAUGCCGCCCGCCAGAAUGAACAACGUCUGCGAGACCAACGGCCCACGCAAGUGGAAGAACAUCUUCGGCAGGAACGAAGGCGGCGGUGAGGACGACGGCUCCACGACGGACGAGUGCAACAAGAAGAACCUAAUGCAGGAUGGUGUCUUACGCAGUCUCUCCAAGCACAACACUAAUCUCUCCAAGGCCCUGGGGGUGACACCCAAGAGAGCCAACAACACCACCACCUCCACCACCCCCACCACGGCGCCCAACAACCACAACAACAACCACAACAACAACAAUAACAUCAGUACCAAGACUGUUGUCAAAAAGGAGACUCUCGCUCUGGAAGGCAGCGCCAAGUUCAAGCUGAACAAACUGGACUCACUGGACUCUGGGGUCGUGCGGGACCAUAAGAAUAAGCUGCAGGAUAACGACUCUGGUCACGUGAUGGACUACAUCGCUCCAGUCACCCCCGGCGUCACCCCUGUCGACUGUCAGCAGAUCAUCGCCAGUCUCAUGGACUUUAAGGUCGACCUCAAACUUGAGAUCCAGAGGAUGAACCAGAAGCUGACGAAACUUGAAGACAACAUGAAUGACGUGAUGACGAGGAUAAACUACGUGCAGCGGUCAUCGUCGCAGCCAGUGAGCGUGCGGCCCACCUGCGACGACCCUCUCACACGACCACCCCUAAGGCGGGAGAAGGAGCGGACCACGACGACUGCCGGCGACGCCGUGGGUGACAGUGACGAAACUAAACAUACUAUGCCAAAAGUGACAGCUAGUGAGGAACCCAGAAAACCUAAGAGGAGAGACAAAAGUCGUGUUAAGAGCGCAUCAACGCCGCGCACCUCCCCCACAGACUCGACCUCCCCGACGGACUCUAUGGUGCGGGGCAUGUUGGAGGACGAGAUCUUGGAGCAGGCCGCCUCCCCGCGCGCCGAAGCUCCUCCUCUACCCAAAGCUCGCUCCAGGGAAUACCUCUGAGACGCUAGUACAACCCUAAUUGGCCGGGGCUUUCCCAGGAGGUUUCUGUCGACUCCUUGAGCACGGUAGCACAAGUGUACAUGAUGUCAAAGUUUAUUAGAAGCGUUCUUGAGACUGGAAAUGGGCGGGAUUAUUCCUUAAGGGGGGACUGUCAUUAUGGUUGAUGCUGACACGACGCGGCCGCGCUGUGUUCGCUAUUUAUAUUUUAAAUGAUGACUGAAUGAACUAUUGUUAUGGCAGCGUGGCAAGUGCUGACCAAGGGUGCAGUAACUAAGAUACUUUACAUUUAAAGUAUUCCUAUUAAUUAGGCAAACAUUACAAAAAACCCUGUUUACCUUAAACAUUGCAAGCCUCCUGGAAUAGCACUCUCCAUUCUGCUGGUUGUAAAAAAAGAUAAACAAAAAAUAAUAAUAAUAAUGCUAAAGGUCCUACGUUGAAGGAAUUUAUUUUUUUACAAAUUUGAUUAUCUUUAGAGUUCUUUGUUAAGUUUUCUGAACAUAUCAGUUGUGGUGCCAGUGUUCCAGCAUCCAAAACCUGCUGUAGAUCUUCUUACCUGCGCCCGUGUACUCUGCUGCUGGAGACACCCACGCAGCCUCGCUGUUCUGCUGGCUCCAAACACGAGGACCUUGAGCUCUGCUGACCACGAAGAGGACUUUCUUUGAUGGCCUUCAAGAGGAGUAUUUUGUUUGCCAAGAAGUCCCUGUUCUAUGCAGGCUAUGAAGAGAAGUUACUCAUUGUACUCUCCUGGCCAUGAAGACGAGGCUCCUGUGAUCUGCUGGCCAUGUAAAUAUGGCCACCGGUGUGUUUGUCAAGACUGGCAGCUCCCUGUGUUGUGCAGGAUGUGAAGAGGACGUACCAGUGUUGUGUUGGAUAAGGAGUUGUGUUGGAUAAACACGAUAAGAUGUUUUCUGUUGGGCCUUGCUUCCGAUGGAUCAUCCCUGCAAGGAACGGAAAGAGAAAGGUGCUCGCUGGGUAGAAGACCCCGCUGGCAUGGUCUGUGACCCCUGGUGGCGUGACCCUGCACGCGCUUACUCUAGCAUAAGGUCACCCCGAGCUCAGGCGCACGGAGCAGAGCGAACACUGGGCAAUACUCAGCCGCCCCUCGCCAGGGUCGCGCACGGCGGCUGUGGAGACAGUCUCAGCAUUUACACAUAAGUACCGUCCCGUUUGUUUUGUACAUAACAAAACAGUGUUUUAAAGUUGAAUGCAAGAGUGAUGUAUUUCAGGUGUUUCGUCAAAUAUGUAUUGAGUUUCGUCGCAAACUUAAAGAGGAUAUAAUUUGACAUUGUUUGUGCUAAGGUCGAGUUUUGAAUAUUUAUAUUUCUUGUGCUAAUUGUUACUGUUUCAACUGAUCUGUGAUAAUAUAUUUGUUUAGGUCUAUGAGCGCCAUGCAACAGUGUGGAGGGUGGGUAGUCUACCCCCCUCCACCCUCACCCCCCCCCCUUCACUCCGACCCAGCCUACCCCCCUAUAUAGUUCUCCUCUACCAGUUUCAACCCCUACUCAUUCCUCCUCCAAGGAACUGAGCCUCUUAUUCCUAGAUAUUCCUCGGUCAUGACCCUUGACCUUUCCUCUGUACGCAAAGGUCAGACUCGUUUUAUACCAUAUGCAACGUUCCUGCAUCUGGAAAGAGUCACACACACACACACACACACACACACACACACACACACACACACACACA